UAUAUAAAAAUGUCAAAAAGGUCGGCUGAGCCACUAGAGAAAAGAGAUAAGGGCGAGAUUGAAGUACGUCCGGAAAUCAACGAUUGGAAGAUUGAUAAAAUUAAAAGGUCCCUCAGGACUCUCCUCAUGAACAUGAAAUGUAGCGAGCCUGACUGCCCAAAACCAGCUGAAAAGAUGUAUAAAAUCGACAACCAAAACAAAGACUUAAGAUGCAAAGACCAUGUGUAUAGCUUAACAAAGGACAAGAGUAAUUACAGAGAUCUUGAGUUCUUCUGGACUGAUAUUCAAAAUACCCUUGAUAAUACCAAAAGAGAAGUCAUGAAGUGUCAGGUCCUCCUCUGUAUUGUUGAUUGUGAAGAGUUCCAGAAAAUGCUAGGCUUAGAAAGACUUGGCAAGCUUGAGAAAAUUAAAGAAAAACUUAAUCGUAAUUUAACUGAGUUUGAAGGAAUGAUCCGCAAAACUAAAGCUCAUUUUGAUUUUGAUAUUUUUGCUUUUCUUCAGCAGCAAAUCUCUGCAAUUGACAAAGAUAUUCAAUUUGCUUAUAAUAUCAUCGGGCCAUUUCUGGCUGAAACUUAUUCAUCCAAACUUUUGGAAAAAGUGCAGCGUCUAGAAGAGGAAGAUAUUGCUCUUUCAGAACAGACCAGAAGAGCAACAAGUUUAAACACCUUCGAAGAGGAGAAGCAAUCCACGCCUAGGCCAAGGAAAAGUAAUACUAAUAUGUUUAGUAGUUUUAAAAAGAAAAUAACAAUGUUAUCUCACAGCUCUGCUAAGCCAGAGAUUCCUAAAGAAGUUGAUUAUUCAAAACUGGAUAAGAUGCCCACAGUGCAGAUGACUAAAACUAAUUCAAACAAUAUGAAGAGAAUUCAGAGAAGAAAGCAUGAUGAAGAUUUUGAAAUUCCAUGUCUUGGAGAGUCAGUUACUACAACCAUUCGUGUACCAAUGAUAACACCCACCUCUGACCCUAAGAACCCCAUAAUAGAACCUGUUAAUUACAAGAUAUUGACAGUCUUAGCAGCUUUGAAGGAGGAUUUCUCGAAUCAGACUGAAAAAGCCCAGCUACAUAUAGACUUCCUGUACAAACUGAGAGAUAGAUACCCUUCUGUGCGUAAUGAAGUAGACUCAUUUAUUAAUGAAAACAAGCUAAAACCCAGUGAUAGGUAUUCAAAAUCCAGGGUGAUAGCAAAUACACCCGAAAUUAAGGAACUACUUUGAAAAUAUUCGAUAGAUAAAAAUGCCAAAAUAGACACCAAUUAUGUGCUUGACCUGAACCUUGCUAACAGCCGCAAGCUCUCCAAGUUCUUCCAGUGCUGAGCAGAGUACCAGAUGCCAAAAAUAAAGAGACUAAAUAUAGUAAAUGUCAAUAAAGUUGACGAGAAACUACUUGAAAAUCUUCACAGAUUCCUUUCACAUACCAUGGCAUCUCAUAUUCUAGAGCUUUAUUUUGGGGCAUCCAAGCAGUGCGAUGUCAAACAGUUCAAUUCUUCCAUAGGGCCUGUGAUGAGAAGAGGCUACAGUGAGCACAGCAGUAUCUAUUUCUACAGACUCAACUUCGAUAAUGAAGACUUAAGGAAUGUCUUCGAUAACAUUCCAGAAAUCAGAAAGAUCUGAUUUGAUGAAUGCUGACUCUCUUCUGUCGGAGAGGCUUUUACAGUCAACAGGAAGAAGUUUUAUUCAUUAGAAAAACUCAGUCUUAAAGUCAGUGAUAAAAGGAUGGGUUAUCUGCCUUACAUAGCCAAGGCAAUGUCAAAAACAAUGAUCAGAAAGACCUUAAAAGAAGUUGAAAUUAACAACCCUGUCACAAAUCCUGACAGAGUAAAGGAGAUGUUCAAUAGGCUCGGAUUCAAGAUCGAUAAAGUCAAGAAUCUCAAAUUUGAAGAUGUUUUUAUCCUAUAA